AUGACCGCGUCGAAGACCAAGAAGAACCACCUGCAAGUCGGCGCCCAGGCGCCCCCGCCGUUCCCACAGCCGCAACCGGCCCCGGCGUCACUACCACCCCCCCCUCCAGCUCAGGCUCGGACUCUUCCACGCCACGAUAAGCCUGCUCAACAUCAUCGGCACUAUAAAAGGAGUGUCGUAUACGAUGCAUACGACAUCACGCACCCCCCGCAACAUCCAGGGCACGGGUGGACACGCUUCGUUUGCGUUUCGGACACACAUUGCAUUCGUUUCCCGGUUCCCGCUGGAGAUGUGCUGCUGCACAGCGGGGAUCUGACAGAGCACGGUACGCUCAAAGAUCUAGAAAGCAGCCUCGACUGGUUGAAGUCACUUUCACAUCCGGUCAAGUUCUUCAUCGCAGGCAAUCACGAUAUCUGUCUAGAUCCCCGCUUCCUAGAAGGAGGCUCGCAUCGCAAAUACAGACCACGGAGAGUCCAUGACAAGGACAUCAGUGACGCUUGCAGGCUGGUCAGAAGCGAGUCGUUGCGGAGAGCCGGACUUUAUUACGUCGAACAUGAAACGGUGCUCUACACCACAAAAGGCGGCAAGGUAUACAGUAUCUACGGAUCUCCGUCCUCCGUCAUUUAUCACUACAAUGGCGCCUUCCAGUACCCCGCCGGCCAUGGCAGAGCUCUCUACGACGCCGUCCCGCCUACGACCGACAUCCUUAUGACGCACUCUCCCGCGCACGGCAUCUGCGACCUCACGAAGCACGGCGCACACGGCGGCUGCCGCGAUCUCGCACGGCGGCUCGAACACAGCGACCUCCGCCACUGCCGUCUCCAUGCCUUCGGGCAUAUCCACGAAGGCCACCGCGUCGAGACUGUGGGCAAAAGCGAGCGGAACCCGAGCGGGCGGGUGUGCGCGAACGCGGCGCUUCCGAACGUGCCGCUGCCGGUCAUCGUGGACCUGCAGGAUUAG